AUGGGGAGAGGUCCCGGCAGCUCCGAUGAUUCUCCAUCACCACCCUCAGGGACUUUGGCAUGGGAAAGAGGGGCAUUGAAGAACGCAUCCAAGAAGAAGCUGGCUUCCUCAUUGAGGCCUGUUGAGGGACAAAAGCUAUAUGAGAUGUUCUCGGGAGUGAUGAAGCACUUGCCAGGGCCUCAGCAGCAAGCAUUCAAGGCACUGAAAGGAUUGGAGGCCUUCAUCACUGAGAAGAUCCUGCAGAACCAGGCCACCUUUGGCCCCAACUCACCCUGGAACUUCAUUGACUCCUUCCUGAUCAAGAUGCAGGAGGAAAAGGAAAAUCCCAACACAGAAUUCUUCAUUCGCAACUUAAUCAUGACUACUCUGAACCUGUUUUUUGCUGGCACUGAGACUGUUAGCACGACCCUUCGCUAUGGCUUCCUUCUGCUAAUGAAACACCCAGAAGUGGAAGCCAAAAUCCAUGAGGAAAUUGAUCAGAUGAUUGGGUGGAACCGAUCACCCAAGUUUGAGGACAAAGCCAAGAUGCUGUACACAGAGGCUGUCAUCCAUGAGAUUCAGAGGUUUAGCAACAUAAUUGCCAUGGGUGUUUCCCGGAGAGUCACCAAGGAUACCAAAUUCUGGGGCUUCCUUCUUCCCAAGACUGCCAGAAGUCACACUCCUUGAUGUUGCUUCCUGUUUCCAAUGUGUCCCAGAACAGACAAGUUCCAUUUUUACAGACCACUAAGGGCAUAGCUGUU